ACCUUGCCUAUUUCUACCCAUCUUUCAGUCCAUGGAUAUCACUCCUUCACGAUAGAAUGCUGAGCGGUAGUGGUGUAAAAAUUUUCACGGGUACUAGCCACCCUGAGCUGGCCGAACUGGUCGCUAGACGGCUCGGUCUUCCUCUCGCAAAGGCUGAAGUAACAAAAAGUGGCAUCGGCGAAACCCAUGUACGUAUAGGCGAAAGUGUCCGGGAGGACGACGUGUAUAUUAUCAACACUGGCUGCGGGGAGGUCAACACGGCACUAAUGGAGCUCUGUAUCAUGAUUCAUGCAUGCAAGAUCGCCAGUGCAAAGAGGAUCACCGCCGUGCUGCCACUCUUCCCUUACGCCCGCCAGGACAAGAAAGAUAAAAGCCGUGCGCCUAUUACGGCCAAGCUCGUAGCCAACAUGAUACAAAAGGCUGGAUGCGACCAUGUCAUUACUAUGGACUUGCACGCAUCGCAAAUACAGGGUUUCUUCGAUGUGCCAGUCGACAAGCUUUUUGCCGAACCAUCCGCUAUCCUAUACAUUCGCACUCAUUUUGACUUGGACGGUGUUGUCAUUGUUUCUCCCGAUGCGGGCGGUGCCAAAAGGGCAACAGCGAUUGCUGAUCGGUUGGGUGUUGAUUUUGCGCUGUUCCACAAGGAGCGCAAGAAGGCAAAUUCAGUGUCUCGAAUGGUCCUUGUCGGACAUGUGAAAGACAAGGUUGCGAUCCUCGUCGAUGACAUGGCAGACACGUGCGGAACGUUAUGCCUUGCUGCCCAUCACCUGUCCGAGGCGGGCGUGUCGAAAGUUUUCGCCAUCGUCACGCAUGGGAUUUUGAGCGGGAAUGCGCUCAAGAACGUGGAGGAGAGCGCCCUCGAGAAAUUGAUUGUGACAAACACGCUCCCCCAGAAAGAAAAUCAGGCGCAGUGCAGCAAGAUCGAGGCCCUUGACAUUGCGCCUGUUCUCGGAGAAGUCAUUCGCCGAAGUCACUACGGGGAGAGUGUUUCUAAACUCUUCCACGAAGUUCCAUACUAGCAUGUAGUUUAGUCUAGAAUUUACCGGAGAUGAGUAGACUACUGAGCG